UUCGGGAUUGAGAACGGCGUGAGCGAGAAAACUUCAGCAGGAAAAGAAGACACCACUCAUGAUGAACGUAAACGCAUUAUUGUUACUUCAUUUUGUUGUUUCCGCUGUGGUAACGGACUCUGUAACGAUAACCUGCGAAAGAAAGCAAUUUAAUGAACCUCCAUCAGAGUGGACAAUGUCACAUGAAAGGACCCCUUCAGAUAUUUUAGAUCUUAAAGUUCAGCUACAACUGUCUGAAAAAAGUCAGCUUCCAGUGCUUAAUAUCAGCUGGAUCAUCAGCCCAGAUGGAAGUAUUCAAGAACUUCGCGCUACUAUGAUAUGCAUUCAAAAUGGACAAGGAAUCUGUCUUCGAUGCAAUUACAGUGCCUUGUUCAAAAGGGCACGAAAUCCUCAAGGUCAACCAUGGCAGUUUCAUUAUGCUGAAUAUCCUGUUGAUCCAGAAACCUGGUACUUUGUGAACGCUUUCAACAUCCCAACAUCAAAUAUUGAUGAAUUCCCACCUGAGAAAUUAGCAAGUUUUUUCACACCAUCUUGUGAUGAUGUGAUAAUGAAAAAUCAUAAAAACUGCGAAGAUGUUCAUUGGAAUCCAAACAUAUCUCUGUGUAUGGUCAAUAAUGACGUGGUAAUCAAUUUUACUACCACUGCAAAUUCAUUAAAUUAUGAUGUUGACCUGGUAAUAUGUGAUCGCUUUGUGGCACCAAUACUUAAUGCAACUACAAUUCCUCAGGCAAACAUGGCAGAUAGAUUUGUGCACAGCAAGAUCCAACAACCAGCAAAUGAAUGGAAGUCAAAUGGAUCAAGAAUAUCUAUAACAUUUGUGAGGAAUGACGUCCUGGAUCUUUCUGAACAAUUUUGUGUAAUAAUAAAACCGUAUUUCCCUGUAUGUCAUCACUACUGUCAUUCACGUGAAGAAGUGCUCAACUGCUCCAAGAGAAAUGACUACAAGAUACCAAACACUGAAGGUAGAGCGCAAUCAAUUGCAAGAAACCUGAGCAAUCGACACCCAUAUAUGGUCUUUGGUUUCAUUGUACUCAGUGUGAUCCUACUGGCUUUGGGAGCUGGGCUGUUCGUAAUUCACAAACUAAAUAAAGUCAAAGAAAUAGUCGUAUUCACCAAUGAUGCACAACUACUGCAACCAGUUAAAGUCCUAAUUGUUUACUCCAUGGAUAACACGCUCUUCCAAAACGUUGUCCUGACUUUUGCUGAAUUAUUGCAGAGGUCCAGUGGAAUCCAGGUAAUCAUUGAUAUGUGGCAAAAAAGAAGCAUUGCUGAAAUGGGCCCUGCUCAAUGGCUUGCCUUGCAGAAGGAGAUUGCAGAUAAGAUCAUUAUUAUAUGCUCCAAAGGUGCCAAAAUGAAGUGGGAUGCCAUUUGUCACAAACCAAACAUUGAUCAAAAAAUGAAUAAUUCUGAGAAUAUGUAUUCUACUGCCAUAAGUAUAUUUUGCAGUGAUUUGCAAAGUGGUUCACAUCUGCAUAAGUAUAGUAUUGUCUAUUUUGAUAAAAUAAGCUCAGCCAACGAUAUUCCUGGUAUUUUCAGUUCAUGUGUGAAAUACUGCCUUGGGAAAGACAUCAAUAAGCUUUACAAAAAUCUACAUGGUGCCUCACAGAAAACAUGUAGCAAACAUGCUAUUCUGAUGCCACAUUACGAUUACAAAAUACCAUAUAAUCACAAGAUGAAUAAAGCAAUUUUGGAAUUUAAGUAUUGGCAAAAUAUUAAUUCAACUUCACUUGAGAUUACAGUGGAGGAUUUAGAAUCCUCACAUGCAAAAAAUCUCCAAACGAACUGAUACAGAACAGCCUUCUCCCUAGCUCUAACUACAGACCAGAGACUGUAGUAUCAGCCUCAAUUCUUGGUCUGUGUUGGGGUGACCAAUCUCAGUCAUUGGCUCUGUGACCUCAUUUUCAAAAAUUGUCCACAAAUACUGCUGUCAAUCAAGCAGCUCACACUGGAAUUACGUGUGUGUGAAUGCUAAGUUAUCAGAAGGUUUAGGUCAAAUAUUCUGAUGGCACUUACUGUUUCUAUCCUCAAAAGAACAACCUCAGUUUCUCCAGAGCCUCCACAUAAUUGAAAUCCUUCAUCCCUGGUACCAUUCUAGUAACUCCCUUUUGUACCCUACCUAAGGCCUUGACGUCCUUCCUAAAGUGUUGUGCUCAGAAUUGAAUACAUCCAUUUGAGGCCUAGCCAAUGUUAUAUAAUAGUUUAACAUGACUUCUUAGCUUUUGUACUCUAUUUGUAAAUCCAAGGGUCCAAUAUGCUUUUUUAAUGGCCUUUUCAACGUGGCCUGUCACCUUAAAUAUUUGUAUAUAUACACCCCAAGGUUUCAGUGUUCCUGUACCCCCUUUAAAAUUGUACCAUUAUGUUUAUUUUGCUUAGAAGAGUGCUAUGGUGUGUAUUUAAAUAAGAUAAACAUUCUCUGAAAUGAUCAUAUUCUGUAGGUAAAAUGAAAAUAAUAAUGCAAUUAUAUGUAUACAAAAAUGCAGCCAAGUGUUUCUUUCUAUUUUAUCUUUUGAUAUUUUUUAAGUUAGUUUCUUUAAAUAUUGACUUUUACACGAACUUCCAAAAGCUAGGACAGAGUUUGACCAUGAUUUUUCCAUGGAUGAAAAUAUAUCUGGAUUGCUGACAUUCUCACUGUUUUCCAGGCUGUAGGUGGAAAGUCUACUUCCAUCUACAAUAAAACAAAAAUAACUCAAAGGGAGACAUCUGUUGACAUAGAAUCACUGUGGUCAUUUAAUCACAAAGUUUAUUCAGAUGUUAUUAAAUAUUUAUUAAAAAACA